UUCAGAGACUAAGAUACACGUAUUAGUGCUGAUCGGAUAAGGAUAAUGAUGCGACGUACUAAGUUACGGAUAUAAGUCAAAAUGUACCGUGCGUUCUUCACUUUUGUGUCAUUAGGAUUUUUGAGUGUGUGCGGUCAGUAUUUCCAAUCGCCAUGCCCGGAUUAUUUUGACUACAGAAGUGAUAAUAAUGGAGUGCAUGGGGUCAUUAAGUUGCAGCCAUUCGGUCCUGUCUCCACUUUGCUAGUCAAAGCGAACUUUACUGUAGCUACUAGGUUAACCUCAACAUAUGCGGGCAGCAUCGUGCCCGUCGGGUCAGAGCUGCACCUCCUUCAGGACUUCAACCGAGGAGUUCCACUGCAAUACCGGGUGAAUUUCCCCGUAGCGUCUCCCGUUCCGCAGCUCACGGCCCUAAUAGUAAACGAUAACGUCGUAUGUUAUGGACCUGGAGAUUCACCAGCUCCAGGCCAGUACGUCACAACGAUAAGUCUCCAACACAUGCUCUUCUUCAAAUCUGAAACAAAUGGACUGCACCCUGUUCAUAACCAACACCAAACUCAACGCCCGGAAGUUAUAUACGCACACCAGAUGCCAUCUAACUCUCCGAUAAAUCCGACUAAUUUCAUCAAUUAUAUCGACACAAACAAUGAAAAUACUAGGAAGCCUGAUGGCCAAACGUAUUACAUGGUAAAUAACGGUUACCCAGUAUACCAAUCGCCAGACAUAUACCCGGAAUACUUCCCGGACUAUAACCGACCGUUUAACCAACCUGACUUUAUUAUAGAUACUCCUGAAAGGCAUACUACAAAAGUAACGACAGUUAGAACUACUACUACAGCUAGGACAACUACACAGAGACCCCGAACCACAUCACCUCCAGAACCUGUACCUUCACCACCAUCAGAUCGCAUCGGAUCUUCAUCGUCCGCAGAAUGUGGCAUAAACUUCAGAAACGACCCAAAUGCCCCAAUAGUGCCCCUGAUCGUGAAAGGGGAAACUUUCGAGCGUGGGGAAUGGCCGUGGCUGGUGGCGAUUUUCAAGCGGAAAUUCAGUUCGUUGAGCUACAUCUGCGCUGGAACUCUUGUUUCUGAGCGUCAUGUGAUAACUGCGGCUCAUUGCAUGCAACGUAAGAGCACUUACACGGCUAUAAAGAACCUCGUAGUAAGAGCAGGAGUAUACAACCUUGAGGACUGGAAUGAUGACGACAUCACGGUGACCAGAGGCCUGGCUGCAGCCUCCAUACACCAAGCUUACAAUGCGUCAACACUUGCAAAUGAUAUCCUCGUUAUGACGCUGACCAAGAAUUUACCUCUGAGCGAAAACAUAAGACCAGCUUGCCUUUGGAGCGGAAAUCCAAAUCUGAAGAUGAUCGUUGGAAAAUCAGGAGUUGUGGCUGGUUGGGGUGCUAACGAAAUGGGCCCCGGCGGUAAAGGCGAGCCGCGCAUGGUAGAGAUGCCCAUAGUCAGCACUGAAACAUGCCGGUCCAGUAAACCUGAGUUCCAUAAACUGACAUCGUCGAAAACGCUUUGUGCAGGAGAUCACAGCGGCUCGGGCCCCUGCUUGGGCGAUUCGGGCGGCGGUCUCUACUUGUUGGAAAAUGGACGUUGGAGAAUACGUGGAGUUGUGUCAUUAUCAUUAUGGGCUGAAGGCGACGCUGUGUGCAACGUCGACGACUAUAUAGUGUUCACUGAUACAGCUCAGUAUUUGCCAUGGAUCAAUAGUGUUAUGUCUGAAAGUAUUCGUUAAAAUAUAGUGGUUUAAGUAUAAGA